ACAACUAGUCGCACAAUGCUCCGCGCCCGAUUGGCCGUGCCUCGAGACGGAUUUCCCCCCACCGCCCAGGAGACCGUAUGUGAUGUCAUUGGAAAGCGCCGCCCCUCGGGAAACCACAUGUCCCGGCGCUCCCCGCGGUGGGGGGGGGGGUCAAAGGUGAAGCGCAAGAUGGCGGCGGAUGCGGAGCACGGGGCGCCGGAGGAGGCGGUGGAAGAGCUGCGGAGCUUCAAGGACCUGGGAGUAACAGAUGUACUGUGUGAAACUUGUGACCAGUUGGGAUGGAAGACACCAACUAAAAUUCAAGUUGAGGCUAUUCCUGUGGCUCUCCAAGGCCGGGAUAUCAUUGGGCUGGCAGAGACAGGCUCUGGAAAAACAGGGGCCUUUGCUUUGCCCAUCCUGCAGACACUGCUGGAAACACCCCAACGCUUCUUUGCUCUUGUCCUCACACCAACCCGAGAGCUCGCCUUCCAGAUCUCAGAGCAGUUUGAAGCUCUUGGAUCCUCCAUUGGUGUCCAGAGUGCGGUUAUUGUGGGUGGAAUUGACAUGAUGUCACAGGCUCUGACCUUAGCCAAGAAGCCCCAUGUUAUAAUUGCAACACCUGGCCGUCUGAUUGACCAUCUGGAGAACACGAAAGGUUUCAACUUGCGAGCUCUUAAGUACCUGGUUAUGGAUGAAGCUGACCGGAUCCUCAACAUGGAUUUUGAGACAGAGGUGGAUAAGAUCCUAAAAGUGAUUCCCCGAGACAGGAGGACAUUCCUCUUUUCUGCCACCAUGACCAAGAAGGUGCAAAAGCUCCAGCGUGCUGCACUGAAGGACCCUGUUAAAUGUGCUGUUUCCUCCAAAUACCAGACAGUUGAAAAACUGCAACAGCAUUAUAUUUUCAUCCCCUCCAAAUUCAAGGACAGUUACCUGGUUUAUAUCCUGAAUGAACUGGCUGGGAACUCCUUCAUGAUAUUCUGCAGUACCUGCAACAACACUCAAAGGACAGCUCUCCUGCUCCGCAACUUGGGUUUCACUGCCAUACCCCUCCAUGGACAGAUGAGUCAGAAUAAGCGACUGGGGUCCCUGAACAAGUUCAAGGCCAAGGCCCGUUCCAUUCUGCUGGCUACAGAUGUUGCAAGCAGAGGUCUGGACAUCCCACAUGUGGAUGUUGUGAUAAAUUUUGAUAUUCCCACACAUUCCAAGGAUUACAUUCACCGCGUGGGGAGGACAGCUCGAGCUGGGCGGUCUGGCAAAUCCAUCACCUUUGUCACUCAGUACGAUGUGGAACUAUUCCAGCGCAUUGAGCACCUCAUUGGCAAGAAGCUGCCUGUAUUCCCCACACAGGAGGAGGAGGUCAUGAUGCUAACUGAGCGUGUGGCUGAAGCCCAGAGAUUUGCUCGUAUGGAGUUGCGGGAGCAGGGAGAGAAAAAGAAGCGAUCCCGGGAUGAGGCCAAUGAUGACGAUGACACAGAGGGAGCUACAGGUGUCAGGAACAAGGUGGCUGGUGGGAAAAUGAAGAAAAGAAAAGCCCGUUAGCCAGAUACUUAAACGUCUGUCCCCUUUGAGUUUACAUGGGCUGGGGCGGUACCUACCACACAGUAUUUCCAUCAAAUCAGAAGCCUCCAGAACUACACUUGUAAACGGCAGGCCAGUUGGAAAGAGAUUUUUCCAUCAUGUUUGAGUCUCCAACACUGUCUUUGGUCAUAGGCUGAACCUGCACCCUAGUAGUAUGCUGGAACCCGUUGUCCUACCGAGGGUUGGUAUCAGUUCUAAUGCUGGGCUGUAAGAGGGAGUCAUCUCCUGCAGCUGGACUGUCCCCUGGACCUGGAAGCAGCAGUCUCCUGGCAAAGCUCAUUUUUAUAUGGGUUAAAUGUGAAAUGUUGCCCUAUGGACACUUUUCCCCCCAAUCAUGCUGCAGCCUAUUAUCACUCACCAUCCAAACCUCAGCGAGUGCCUCUUUAUAAGACAGUUGAAAGGAAGAAGAAAACUGAGAAAGCACCCUACAUUUUCCAGGGUAUGCAUAUGACGCUCCAGGAUGGGGUUCUCGCCUUGAACAGAGACACUCAUGCUGGGGCAAAAACUCCAAAUAUAUUUUGCUUAACCACAAAUCAGUUUGCUUUUCAGUGUAUUAUAACUUAUUGUGCCACUUCUGCUAACUUUCAAAGUUCCCUGUUUUAAGGGGUUUCCCGCCCAUGUAGGUCAACAUCUUCUCCGCCCACACCCUUACUGUGAAGUCAACUCAGCAUAUGCUAUCACCAUGCUUUCUGUGGCAGCGGUCUGAUGUUCCAGACAUUGCAGUGACUUCAUACAGUCUACUCCCACUGGAGGAGAAAUGCCACGAAAAUAGAGAGAGGCUGGCAGUGGCUGUGAGCAGAGACUUAAGUAUAUGGCUUUCUGUGCUCCCACUAGUAGCCACUGACUCCUGUAGUACCUGAGAGCCAACGCUAGGGGGAAGUGUUACACAGUCAAGCAGCGAAGCCCUUUAUGCUGGCGGAAUGGUAAUGGAUUGUUAUCAGAUGUUCUAUUUCUGGCUCUUCCUCUCUAUCCCAAUAGUGCUGCUUUUGUGUAUUGCUUCUGAGCUUAGUAGACUAUAAGAAGCAAGCAAACCUUUUUGUGAGAAGUGGAAGAAAGAAUUCAACUUCCUUUUCAGUA